AUGGCCGGGCUACGAGCCAGGCUGGGCCCUGGGCGCAGACUACUGGUGCUGUCUACGCUGGGUUUUUGCCUAAUGCUGCAAGCCAGUGCCAAGAAGCCUCCUAAGACGCCCCCCUGCCCACCCAGCUGCUCCUGCACCAGGGACACCGCCUUCUGCGUGGACUCUAAGGCAGUGCCCAAGAACCUGCCUUCAGAGGUCAUCUCCCUGACCCUGGUGAAUGCUGCGUUCUCAGAGAUCCAAGACGGAGCCUUCUCCCACCUGCCACUGUUACAGUUCUUGUUACUCAACUCCAACAAGUUCACGCUCAUUGGAGACAAUGCCUUCAUAGGACUGUCGCACCUGCAGUACCUCUUCAUCGAGAACAAUGACAUCUGGGCACUUUCCAAGUUUACCUUUCGAGGACUCAAGUCCUUGACACACCUCUCACUGGCCAAUAAUAACCUGCAGACACUGCCCAGAGACAUCUUUCGUCCCCUGGAUAUCCUGAGUGACUUAGACCUCCGGGGCAAUGCCCUUAACUGUGACUGCAAGGUGAAGUGGCUGGUGGAGUGGCUGGCACACACCAACACCACGGUGGCCCCCAUCUACUGUGCCAGCCCGCCCCGCUUCCAGGAGCACAAGGUGCAAGACUUGCCCCUUCGGGAGUUCGACUGCAUCACCACCGAUUUCGUCCUCUACCAGACUCUGUCCUUCCCCGCAGUGUCAGCGGAACCCUUCCUUUACUCCAGCGACCUCUAUCUGGCACUGGCCCAGCCGGGUGCCAGUGCCUGCACCAUCCUAAAGUGGGACUACGUGGAACGCCAGCUUCGAGACUAUGACAGAAUUCCAGCCCCCUCAGCUGUGCACUGCAAGCCGAUGGUGGUGGAUGGCCAGCUCUAUGUCAUCGUGGCCCAGCUGUUUGGUGGCUCGUACAUUUACCACUGGGACCCCAACACCACACGUUUCACCAAGCUGCAGGACAUCGACCCCCAGCGCGUGCGUAAGCCCAAUGACCUGGAAGCCUUCCGCAUUGAUGGUGACUGGUACUUUGCCGUGGCCGAUAGCUCCAAGGCAGGCGCCACUAGCCUCUACCGCUGGCACCAGAAUGGCUUCUAUUCCCACCAGGCCCUGCACGCCUGGCACCGCGACACUGACCUGGAGUUUGUUGACGGUGAGGGCAAGCCGCGGCUGAUUGUGUCUAGCAGCUCUCAGGCCCCCGUCAUCUAUCAGUGGAGUCGUUCUCAGAAGCAGUUUGUGGCCCAGGGAGAGGUGACUCAGGUGCCUGACGCCCAGGCCGUGAAACACUUCCGUGCUGGCCGCGACAGCUACCUGUGUCUUAGUCGCUACAUCGGUGACUCCAAGAUCCUGCGCUGGGAGGGUACCCGUUUCUCUGAGGUGCAGGCCCUCCCCUCCCGGGGUUCGCUGGCCCUCCAGCCCUUCCUGGUGGGUGGCCACCGCUACUUGGCACUGGGCAGUGACUUCUCCUUCACGCAGAUUUACCAGUGGGACGAGGGGCGACAGAAGUUUGUACGGUUCCAGGAGCUGGCUGUACAGGCCCCUCGGGCCUUCUGCUAUAUGCCUGCUGGAGAUGCCCAGCUGCUCCUAGCCCCCAGCUUCAAGGGACAAACCCUGGUGUACCGACAUGUUGUGGUGGAUCUCAGUGCCUAG